CAUUCUCGCGUCGUAAAUGUGCGAGUUGUAGCAUGUAUUACUGCGCCCACCAAGCCGAAUCUGUGUUGAACGUUUGCUGGUGGUUUGCUGUACCGCGGCGCAUCACUUGCGUACGCGGCGUCGUCGGUGCGCCUGUCGCGGUGUUUGUGUACUUCGUUGAAUGCAUAUGUGGCCUAUGUGGCAGCCCGGUGAGUGAUCCUACUGCUGUUUUUCGAGACCGCAGCUGUCGUCCGGUCCAGCCGCACAGAAAUCGCGCUCUAUGUGUUGUGUGCCUCACGUCGUGAAUCAGCAGUCGGGCCCGCCAGGCAUGCAAGCAAGCGCUACUGGGAGCAGCGUCCCGUGAAUAGCUACCAUGGUGGUCGCCGACCAAGGCAACUGGGUGGCCGAUGUCGUGAUCGUCGUCGAAGGCACUGCCAACCUCAGUCCGUACGUCGAGAGCCUCAAGAGCCACUACAUUGUCCCGACUUUGGAGUAUUUCAAUGGAGGUCAGAUUGACGACAGGGACUGCGGCUAUGAUACCAACAGCACCACCUAUGCCUUGGUUGUGUUCAUGGCAGCUGACUGCGCACCUGAGCCAGCCGCCAUCUGCCAUGCCCCAACAACAAAUGUGGCCAAGCUGCUCUCCUGGUUUGACCGUGUCUCCUUCGUUGGUGGAGCAGGAGAGUCGUGCAGCCACAUUGCCGAAGGCCUCGGGACUGCGCUACAAGUAUUUGAUGACUUCCAGGCACUGCGUGAACCAGGGACGGCUGUACAGAAGCACUGUAUCCUGGUCUGCAACUCACCGCCCUACCGGCUGCCUGCGCUGGAGAGCCCAGUGUACGCCGGUCACUCAGUCGAGCAGCUCGCCGCCAUCAUGGCUGAGAGGCAAGUCAACUUUAGCAUCCUUUCACCAAGGAAGAUCCCAGCCCUGUACAAACUCUAUGAAAAGGCUGGUGGUGACCUACAGACUGCGCUGUGCAAAAACUAUGCUAAGGACCGAAGGCAUAUGGUGCUGCUGCGAGGGUAUCAGCUCCAAGAGCGACCGGUGAGUCCCCCCAUCGCAGUGUCCGAAGUGAAGGUGGAGCCGACACCGUCCCCGUCGCCCGUGGCACCCCUUAACCCCCGGAGCCCCGCAACCACACCCGCUGGUGUCGGGCAGAAGCGGCCUGCCGGUGGUUCGCCCCCGAACCCUCGGGAGGCCAAGAUGUUCAAGCAACCCACCUCACAGGCAUCACCCAUGAGCACAAUGGGUGGCUCCCCCCAGCAGCCGCAGCUUCAAUUCCAGAACCAGGGCGCACGGCAGGGCAUUCCAACCCCACCUGCUACACACCUGGCAGCCAUCAACCAGCCCAACCCACCUAAUGUCACCCUGCGGCCCAUCCCUGACGCAAUGAACCGGACAACCCAGAAUCGAUCACCAGUCACCAUUGCAGGAAGUCCAGCAGGGAGCGUGCGUCUGCCCUGGAACCAGCAGCCGCCGCAGGGCGUGGUGUCACCGGUGGUGUCGGGUGGCCCUCCAGUGUCCACCCCUCCACCCCCAACGCAGACAAGCAUGCCCCUACUGGCUAGCCAGCUGUCCAAUGCCCCAAUGGCCAGUGGACCCCCGCAGCAGAUGCGGCCCACGCACCCAACACCUGUCAGCUGUGCUACAGGGCCUCAGAUGCAGACAGGCUUCAGGGGGCCCUCCAUGCGAAUGGGCGUGCCGCCAGGAGGCGCCUCUCCCGGCGUGGUGGGACCAGGAGGCAACCCCAUGGUUGGGGGUGGUGCACCCGUACCUCAGCAGGGGAUGCCCCCAACAGGACCGGCUGGUCCUCCGCCCAGCACACUGGCCGCACAGCUGAGCCAGAUGCCCCAGGGAGGGCCCCCAGGGGGCCACUUCUCACCCGGACCGCCACUUGCCCAGCAGCAGCCACAGCAACAGCCUCAACAGCAACAGCAACAACAACCACAGCCGCCCAAGGGCCCUCCGCAACAGCCACCUCAGGGGCCCCCCAUGAUGGGAGGGGGUGGACCCCCUCAGGGCAUGCCACCCCAGCAGCAGCAGGCACAGCAGCCGCCGCCCGUGGCAGGUCCUGGAGUGGUGGGCCUGAAGGAGCGGCGAACAGUGUGGCAAGGCCAAGUGGAGUACCAGGACAAAAUUCCGGGAAACCAACGCAAUAUCUACACUCUCCAGUGCAACAUCUCCACCAGCGUCAUCAACGGCGAGCCCGAAGUGUGCGCGGACAAAUGGCCGCCAAAGCUGACCCUGCAGCUGAUGCCACGGUCGAUGCUGAUGAACGUGGUGCUAGCGGUAAAGAACGCAUCGCGCUGCGUGGUGCUCUCCUUCGAGCCAAACGAGCACCUCAUCAAGCUGUCGCGCUUCAUGAGCUCGGCUUGGCUCGGCCUAGUGCACUUUGCGAGCCCGCCAGCUGACAUCAAGCUCAUGCUAGUGGUGUACAUGGCAGAGAAGAACCUGUUCAUGGGCAUGGUGGCCAAUGACCAGGAGAGCCUCUAUGGGGCCGUCAAGCAGGUCAUCGAUACGCACCGCAAGCAGCAGCAGUCCAAGACAAAGAUGGUGCACUGGGAACCAAAUUCAGCACCGCCCAUGUGUGUAACGCCAGCUCCUGUUUACCAGGCGUACAUGUUCACCGAGGUGAACCAGCCGUAUGCAACAGUCGGUCCAAGUUACACUGGGAACUCGUACUCGUCUGAGCUGCAGAACAUGUCUGGUGGUACCAUGGCAACGGCGGGCGGCAUGAACAUGGCUGCGCCGGUUCCAAACGCAACAAUGGGCAUGGCGCCGACACCGCAAUACUGUGUGUGCUUGCAUGAGCAAGCAGCACCAGGGCAGCAGUACUCUGCUGCUAUGUGGCCUGGCAACAACAUUUUGGCAAAGACGCCCGAGCCCUCCAGACAAGCGCAAGGAAUACUCCAGGCUGAGUUCACGCGUGGCAUUGCACCUCACACCCAGCCUGCGACGAACAGCCAUCAUCUGCAGGAGGUUGUUCGAUCACGAGGUCCUAAGUUAAUGCCUCCCGAGCAGCAGGGGCCCCCGCAGCAGCAGGUUCCCCCCAAUGCACAGCCUCCAACCAUGGCCGGGGUGGGGGGGCCUCGAGGGGGGCCACUGGGUGCUCAGCCCCAGGGGGGUCCCCCGGGUCCACCCCAGGGCCCGCCACCUGGUCUCCCACCGGGGGCACAAGCGGCCGCAGUCUCGCAGCAGCAGGCCAACAGGCUCUCGCAGCUCGAGGCUGAGCGACAGCAGAACUUGCUGAAGAUACAGCAGCUGCAGCAGACCCUGGAGGCAGCACAGGCCAAGGAGCUCCAGUACAAGGCAGCCCAAGAGCAGCAAAGCAUGCUGGAACGCCAGCGUGUCGUCACCCAUCAGAUUCAGCAGCAGCAGCAGCAACAGCAGCAGCAGCAGCAGCAGCAACAGCAGCAGCAACAGCAGCAGCAGCAGCAGCAGCAGCAACAACAGCAGCAACAACAGCAGCAGCAACAGCAGCAGCAGCAGCAGCAGAGGUUCCAACCAAACCAGACACCCAACCUCAGGCACAUUCUUCAGCAGCAGAUGCGCCAGCAACAGAUGCUGCAGAACCUGCAACAGCAGUCCAGCAUUCGAGCUCAGCUGGCAGGAGGACUGGGCAUGGGAGGACCCGGCCCACAGGGGCCCCAGUCGCAGGGUGGCGGUGGACCCGGGUGGGACGACACUGCUCUCCUAGACCUGCUGGGGGGUGCAGGGGGACCCCACAACGGCUGAUCGGCGCAGCUGUCUUGCACCCCUCCUUCCCUCGCUCCUCUGAGGAGACUCGAGUGAGAGCAGUGAAUUUCGGUGGCUAUAUUUGCUUGCUUUACGUCAGACACUCUUCAACUGACAUAACAUCUUUCCAUUUUCAACAUUUUUACGACUGUCAUUGACUGCCAUUCUGUCAUUUGCAGGUGGCAUAAGUUUGGGCAGCAAGUAAGUGGAGGGCCACAUUUGAUUUCCUCGCGUCCACAUCGCUUUCACUUGCUUAAGCACUCUGAUUGCAUGCGUUGUACAUAUUCGAUGCACGCAUCUUAUACCCUCGCGGAGUCUCGGCGGUCUCUGAUUUCGUUUGUGGUGGAAUUCGUCAAGCGUUCUGUCGAUGUGCGCAUAUGAAAAGCCACUGGUGGGUCUUGUCAUGGAACCACGUUCGUACCCACUCCAGGCAUAAAGCACAAAUAGCAAUGAAACAACUUCAAAGACUAGGACUUAUGUUUACAAAAUUUUUCUCGCUUGAGCUAUUGCCAUGGCAAUCUUGUCGUAAUCAUGUCAUUACAAUCUGGAAACCAUACGUUAAGCUACUUGGAUAAAGCACAACAUUUUCUUUUUAAUCUGCUGCAUAAUUGUUUGCAUGGGAAGCAAACAUCUAAGCUGGAAUGGCCUUUUUAGUCUUCUUUUUUCAUUUUGUUUUGCUUCUCAGAGGAUGCACGUUAUGAGCAAGAGUAUAUCUGGUGAAAGUAAUUUUUGUGUGUUAAAUGUGCAAAAAUAAGUUUGCACCUUUUGAAGCAUAUCUUGUCCCCAAACAAUAAUAAUCACCUGUCUUGCUUGCAUUUCCUUUCCUAGAUACAUUGCUCAAGAAUGCUAUGUGAUGCCGAUAGCGUGCAUGCCGUUCAUUACCUGAAAGAAGUGGGCACGCAGCAUUUAAGAAAGGCAAAGGUACUCAAGAUAGAUGACUAUUAUUGUUUGGGGACAAGAUGACCCUCCAGAGAUUACAAAAUUUUUUUAGUUGUACCGCCUUCCAUAUGAUUCUGACAGAACAGUGAUUGAUGCAGUAAAGAAGCAACGAUAAAGUGUUAUGUAAUAAUAACAUGAAAGUACCCUACCAGUUCGUUUAUGUUUGUACUAGCAAUUGUUGUUCAUUUUAAUUGUGCGUCACGGCGCUGUCACAUACAGAUAUGUUCCACAGCACGCACAUUAUAGGAAAUUUAUUCGCAUAGCAGCAGCUUUCGCCAACUCGAAGGAAUGCUCCCUCGAAACAGCUCUGCUGCCUUCAGCAGCUGUUUUGCACCAUUUGAUGAAUUUCACCCCUUUUGUUUACUUGUUUACAACCCUCUGUAAGCUUGCACAUCUUGCCACUGGUGUUCUCCGAAGUUCUAGCACCACUACUAAGUAGAAUUCUGAAGCGAAUGUACUGUAUCAGCAUGCAAGUCUUCUUUCUCCUUGUUGAGCCUUUUGUUAAUGUCACUUUGUUGAUGCUGUUGUUUUGUAGAUUUCAAAUCUCACCACGUUACGUUUUAGUGAACAGCGAUUCAACAAGUGAUGCCUUGGGCUGGAGCCAGUGUUUCGACAAACAGCAUCGUCUUCAUCAGGCGUAGACAAAUCCCUUUGUUGAAACGUUGGGUCCAAGCCCGAGGCAUCCUUUGUUCAAUCGCUGUAUGUCACUUCAAGUGUUCGCGUUCCUGCGAAUGUCUGUCUGGUAUCUACUUGCAUAUCGGCUUUUCACACAACAGUGUACAUUUUGGCUAAACCAACUGAGGCACAAAUUCAAGCAGGUUCAGUUGUUCUUCCCACAUGAGCCCGAAAGUGUUAUGGAGUGUAUGGCCGGUCAGCACAGCGCACUUCUGAUGUUGCAUGUGACAGUAUCUUACUUAUAUUGUGCUUUGAGAGUAAAACUGGCCACAGUUGUGUAGCACGAGGAUGUCGUUUAAAGUUACCAGGGGCACUUCUAUCAGAGGGCCAUAGCCACGCUGUGAGCCUAGUAAGAGCUGCCACGGCCUCCGAUUGGCUCAAAGCACCGUCAUUGCAGAGUUCGUCAAUACGGUGGAAUUGGACAACGUCCAGAAUAGCAACAAGGUUCUGUAAGAAUCCAACUUGAAUAUGAGUACAGCUGUCUGAAAUAAUAUACUUCAUUGAUUUUCUUUUUCUUCUGCAUUUUAUUAUGGAAAUAUAGAGUCGUUUUUAAAAACAGUAGUUGAAGCAAGCUUUUUUUUUUGUGCAUGCAAGUACUUUGAUCAGAGACCUGCUGCAGUCUUUCUUCAAUCCUUAGCCUGUGAUUUAAGACUUACCAAGAAAAGGUGAAAAAUAUUUGACUAUAAUUUAAUGUUCAAGUCCUAUUAUCUGUUGAUCUGGAUCUUGCAGUCUGUAAAGAAGAAAUUCUUGCGUAGCUCCUGUUAUGGGCUUUAUUGUUGUGCUUGUUGUUCAGUGUGAAUUUAUUGACUAUGUAUUGUUUGCUCUGUUGCUUUUCACAGUAGCACUCUGUUGCGAAUGUACUAAAUAACCAUUCCUGGAAUGGCAGCCCACUGCGCAAGAAAGCACUGCUUCACCUGAGCCCAUUGUUUACGGUGUGUUUACAGGGACAGCAUGCAACACAAAGCGCAUUUUGUUUUAAGGCAUCUUUCCUGUGUGUUGCACACUUGGCUUUUUUAUUGUUUUCGCUUGUUCUUGUUUUGUGGCGCAUAAUUUUAGAGAGGCUAAAAUGUCAAGCUAGGAUGCGUUCCGUUUCAGAAGUACAACUUCUUGUUUGAUUGAUUGGGUGCCUCUUUUGUACCCUGUACAUCUGUGUUGCAUUUUUGAAGCAGUAUACAGCAAUGACAUCACGGUGCACACAAUCGGGCACAUAAGUUUACGAGACCCAGAUUCCUUGACAAAUGUGAAUGUCAGCUCUGUUAAGGCACGAGACUUCUAAAUUAAGAGAUCCCUGUGUAGGUUGACAAACCUACAACAGAUUAGAACUCUAAAUUUGAGGCUGCGUGCCCAGGCUCCACAAGAAUUGCCAUGUCCUGUAUCGUUCCAUAACUUGAUUUGCCAUGUUCCAAAUGGCAUGUUGCGUAAAGUGUUGUAACCAACUGCACUUUAUAUGUAUAUUUCUGGCGUGGUGUCACGUAGCGUUAGCAGGUACAUUUCAUGCUACGCGAUGACCGCUGCCGUGAUCUUAGCCGAAGUCUGUUCCAUGUGAUCUUAAAGAACACUCUCUGUGGGAAGCAUUUCUGGCGACGAUAAACAGUAUGAUCAUCGCUUGGUGAGGAUUGUGCACAAUAUGGCUAUGCCAGAGAUAACACCAAAGAUGUGUUAAUGCCAGAAAUGUGUUGCGGGACAUGCGGUUCGCUGUUUCAUCAUCUUGUCUGAACAAUGCACAGCCCCGAGCAAAACAAGUGGAAGUCUGACUGCGCUAGAGUGCCUCAGCAAGAAAGUACUAAGUGUCUUUUUCUUUGUUGACGUUGUUGUUGCUGCCAAUUUGUUGCAGAUUGUUUACACAGACAAAAAAGAAAGCUACAUUUUUGUGUUUUGUGUUGGCACGGAACAGUGAGUAUGGAAACAUGCCUUUUGUAAAUACUACGAUUUCUCUAUCUAUGCUGCGACUGCGUCACUGUCAUGUUAAGUGAGAGGUUGUGCUGUACAGCUUUGAUGAGCUCUGUCAACGUGGUCCGUGAGCGUCCAAUUCAUAGCUUAUCAAGCAGAAGUGGCCGGCAUAGUAUCAUACCUGAUUUUCUCAGCGAAUUCGUGCUAAUUAUUGCACUCUUGCUGUACGAGCAUGCUCCAAGGUAUGCUAUGCACUUUCAUGUAAUGUAUCUGAGCUGCUAGGUACGAGUUAUCAUUUGGACAACGAGAGCAUUUGUAUGUAAUGUACGAGAAGAGAGACACUACGGCCACCUGUUAGUCACCUAGGUUGUUUCCUCUCUUUAUCAUUCCUGCAUGCAAAGAUUAUUCUGUCUGUUCGUUAUAUUGAGUGUGUUAAUUACAUUUUCUCCUUCCUCACCUAGCACCAGUGAACUCUUCGUCUCUUGCUUCUCCUCCAGCGAAAGAGUUCAGGUGUCGUAUUUUUUUCCAUGCAACUGUAAAUGGAGUAGCUACAACACCUUGGCAUUGUUGCUUCGUGUACAGUUUUACAUAAGAUAUUUGGUCUUUCUUGUAGUAAUACCUGGUCCUUUCGUCCCUUUACAUAUUUAGAGGUACAGCUCGGGAUAGGAGUAGGUGCGCACGGUGCCGACUCACUCUUGUAAGUCAGGUUGCAGGUCAGUGCUCUGUGCACCUGAGCCUAUUCGUCUAGAGUUCCCUCACGUUGCAUCUAAUUAGUGAGUAAUAAUUACACAUCACCAGCAAGUCGAACUCUCCACUCCUUUGGUACCUCUACAACAGAGAACGAUGUGAAGAGCAUCAAAUGUGGCGUUACAUUCAAAAUUUUAAAUGAUGUAAGCUUUGAAAAACAUUUCUCGCGAUUGCCUCGGAGUAGCAGCUUGCCCCGGCGAAACUGUACAGGCUCUUAGUACUUUUCUUGAUUUCUUUGUUGGUUUUUAUUUUUCUUGUGCGUGCGAUCAGCAUUUAAACUUUACACGGCUAAUGUUUUAUGUGGCGAGGCUGAAUUUUGGCGCAGUGUGUGCCUGUGGCCAGCUGUGCUGUACUACGGCACUGUAUUUGUCACAUAUGCUAUGAAGGCUGCAAGUGUGAAUUUCAGAUCUCAUGCUCAGUCUGUAGAAAUGUAUUUUUUUUUUUCUUUCUCGGUUUCCACACCUUGUAAAGUUUUGACGUUGACAGCACAACUUAUUGUACAGUUUACUUUGGUAUAGAACUCUCCGUGCUGGAUGACUGAUGCCCAGCUCUGCAAGUUGUAAAAAGUGACAGUAGAUAAACGGGACACUGCCGACUGUUUUAAAACAAAGCCUUCGGGCAUAUCGUUCAAUUUACGCUCGUGAGAUUUCAUGGAAAUCUAUUGCCUUUUUCAUGGCCCUCUUUGUCUACUAUGCGAGGCAUGGCCCAUGCUCUGUAACAUAUAUAUGUAUUUUGUUUUGUUGUAUAAUAAAUUAUGCUUUAUUGCACAAA